AUGUUGCUCCUUCUAAUUGUAAUUUGUUUUUGUCGUACUUCCUUUUGUGAAGUGCCAACGUGUGAGGCAACACUAUUUAAGAAUGUAAAGAUAAGCAAGGAGAGUCUUUUAAAUGGCGCUGUACGUUUGGAAACCACGUUCUUGGGCCUUGAUGAAUGCUUGGCUAAAUGCUGUGGCAAUGAAAAUUGUACUGCUGUUACCUAUUACUCAUUGACCCAUAAAUGUAUAUUUUACAAUUGCGGUAAUACCAGUCAUUGUACCACAUCAGACUCCGUAAAGGCCAAUGUCUACGAAAUUGUAAAAAAAAAGGGCAAGCUAAUGAAUGUUGAAUGCCCCUGUGUCUUUUUUUACUCGCUUGCUUCCACUCAAGUCGCAGCUGAAAAUGCAACGAAUCCCUUCUGGUCGCGUUUGACAAACCAGACAAAGAAACAGAAGGCUCUUACAAUCUCCGUCUUCGUCAUGGUUUCUCUUGUCCUCCUCGGUGGAGUAAUUCUGUUUGUUUAUCUCUGCUUGCGGCGUCGUCAACGCGGUCAAUUGAAACCUUCCAAAAGGCGGAUCAGAAAAGUCCGCAGCGGCGGUGGCAACUACCACAUCCUUUUUAACUCAGAAGGCGAGGAAGCAGUGGCAAACGGCAACAAUUCACUCUUUUGA